UGGAGCGAGUCCAGUGUAAGUGAGUGCGCGUAGAGACAAGAACACAACGCGGACUCAGGAAAUGCUGCUUGGGGUUAGGAAACACGAUUGAAAUCGCUGUGCGACGUUUUGGAAAACGAUGACAAUGUCAAACAAACCUGUAGUCCAUUUUGGUGUGUUUUGCGCGUUACUGCUUCCAGUCUGUGGUUAUGUACCUUCUCCAACAAACGUCAGUGUUGUUUGUCACAACUUUGUGAAUGUGCUGUACUGGAACUACAGUAACCCGACUGAACAGCUGAAAUUCAGUGUAAACAUCGAUCCUUACAUGAGUGAAUCCCAAACAGCUGACACCUUUCAGACGUACCUUGAUAUCAGCAGCUACAGCAGAGAUGCGAGUGAUGAUUACUCUGUGUCUGUGACGGCACAUGAUGGGCAAGAGAAAUCGAAAAGCGUCUCCAUUACAUUCACCUACAGCAAAGACUUUUUUGAUGAGAGCAAACAUAAAUAUAAAUGCUCUUUGGACUUUCCGCCUGUAAAUGCAUCUGUUCACAAAGAUACAAUUGAAGUGUCCUUUCAGCACCCUUUCUUACUUCAUAAGCAAAGCAUUCUGAAUGAAGAAUUUGGAUACACAAUCACACACAAUGAGCAAAAGGUUUCAAACUCGUGUUUUGAGGAUGAGGACCUGUGCAUUGUAGACUUCCCCUUUAACCAAAGCGCAACUGGAGAGUGUGUUCAGUUGAAGUUUGAAGGGGAGAUUGCUGGUAUUCUUUCAUAUACCUACAGAAAUGUUUGUGUUCCUCAACAGACACCUGAGACAAGCCAAGCGGGAUUACUCGCAGCUUUGCUUGGCGGAGGAACUGUCAUGCUCUUCAUUUUCAUGGGCAUUGUGUGGCUGUUCUGGAGGAAAUGGUCCAAAAUCCCCCCAAAACCUGAGUUUUUGUGCCGCAGUCCUGGGCAAUUUAACACAAUGCUUGUUUCCCCACAUGAGUCAACUGUUUCUCCAGUGGCACCUCAGGGACACACACCCCUACUGAAAGAGGAUAGUUUUAGUUAUGGUUCUCCCCCCAUUUCCCCAACUGAGAAAGAUUGCAAAGCAAACACUAUCCUUAAUGACACAGUAGUGGAUCUACCUGAAGAGGUUUCUGAAGAGGAUGUGAAUGAUGACAACUCUGAAGGCUUCUGCAGGUCAUCUGACUAUGACAGUCCCAAAUUCCUGCAGGAGAUGAGUCCAGGGGACAUUACUGAGGGAUACGGCCCACGACCACCAGUACUUUAGGUCUAAAUGCAUGUAAGAAUGAUACUGGAAAGUCUCUGCAUAUCUUGUGGAAAGAUGGCUAGUUGGUCCAGGCACUGUGUUGUGUGCACCGUGACGAAACUUCAUAACACCCAUUCAAAUCAAUGCUGUCUACAGUGCAGGCAGUGUGAUACCUGUGAUGUCUCUUGAAGUGCAGAACUUUUGAUUAUGGUGAGAGCGAUCUAGUUUUGUUGUGAUGUGCUGCAGUGUAGAUGCAUUGACAGCGUUAACUACAGCCAUGGUGAAUUUCCCACUAACCUGCAUUAAGAUAAAUGAAUGUGUAAAUAAAAACAUUUUGCUAAAAAAGAGAAAAAUGGAUGCACUCCUGUCAGAAAUGUACCAGUACCUUUCUCGUUAAGUUUCAAGGCAUCACUUUCAGCCCUAAAACACAAUGCGUAAUUUUAAAUUCAGGUGCACCGAGAAAAACAAACAAACAAACAAACCUGAAAACACUUCUAAAAAUCAAAAUAGAAAACAAGCGCUGAUGAACACAGACCAUGCUGCUUUAGAAAGUUAUGUGAAUGAAUUGAUUUCUAACGGUGCAUUUUCACUACAACGUCAAAUCUGCGCUCAGUCGCUCUCAACAUAUUCUAAGGUCAAUGCCUUAAAGGGGUCAUCGGAUGCCCAUUUUCCACAAGUUGAUAUGAUUCUUUAGGGUCUUAAUGAAAAGUCUCUAAUAUACUUUGAUUAAAAAUUCUCAAUGGUUUUUGGGCACACAUGUGAUGGGGAUUUACUGCUGAUUACAGAACCAGCUUUAAUGACAAAAUGCGCAUGGAUACCGCAUGCGAUUUUAUUGUGCAGCCCUACAACCAACAGUUGAAAAUGACCAUUUUUACCGAAACGCACUCUGACAUAGGCAUCCGUUAACCAAUGAAAAUUUCAGAGAAGUAGAUGCAGAGAUCUAGUAUGUUCUCUUGUUCUCUUUGAAGUUCACCUGACACAGAGGUGAAUGGUGUGUUGGAUUCAGUGCUGCUGUAGCACUUGAUUGUUACUAUAUGCACAUUUUUAGGCAGUGGUUUACUGUUACACUUGUACAGCGCUUGCUGUGGUAACACCAUAUUCAUAUGUCUCCUAAAAGCUACAAUUAUUACCUGCCAAACACUUCUAUGUAACUCUAUAUUUUUCUGGCUGAGAUGAUGUUACUCGCUGUAGGCUAUAUAAAUACAAAGUAGAACAGCAUUACUCUGAAUGCCUUACAAGCAAACAUUUCAUAAUAUAGUUGUGAUGUUACUUUUUAAUAUUUUACAUGGCAUGAUGCAAGUUCAAGGGGGAAAAUAUGUGGGGUAAACAUUUCUUUUUUUAAAUUAUUUUUAUUAAUAUUAUUAUUAUUAUAAUUGUUUUACAUAAGGCACUUCUUAUUAAACACUUUUAUUUUAAAAGAAUAUUUUUAUUCUAACCUUAAAGAUUUAUGCUAUUUUGCACUUAAUCAAAACUUAUUAGAAAUCAAGAAUACAGUCUCUACAUUGACCAGAUAAUGCGAUCAUAAAUAAGAGGAACCACAAAAUUAGCUCGGGGGCGCCAAAAAUGACAAUCCUACGUUCAUAUUGGUAUUCUCAUUUACGUUUGUGCAGUUUGGUAAUAAAUCUGAUAUCACAACACAUUCAAGGCAUACAUUUGAUCAGUAUGGGUAUUUUCAGGAAAUUGAACUCAUGGCCUCACUGUUGCUUGUGCCAAAAUGUACCAGUUUGAUUUUGACUGUUUAGUACAUGUGUGUCAAGUUUCUACAUAUUGCAAUAGUUUGUCUUCUUUUCUAAUAGCAUUUUUUUUAAACUUGAUAUCUGUAUAUCAUGUCUGUUUGAUGUUAAUGUGCUUUAACACAUCGAGUUGUAAGACAUUUUGAUCACAAUAAAUAAUUGACUGGCUAAUAAUUGAAAAUGA